AUGACAAAUAUUUAUGAUUCUCUAAAAAACAAAUCAUUUGAAGACCCAAAUAUAAACUGUGCAAUUGCAGCACGUGCAGACACCAGUGAUGACAAAAUAGAUCUGUCACUAGGCACUUUAUGCGAUAAGGAUGGCAAAUUUUACAUGUUUGAAUCCGUUAAGAAGGCGGAGCAGCUAGUUAUAAACGAUGAUAAUAGAACUGAGGAUUACUUAUUCAUGUCUGGAGAUGAGGAGUUUUGUUUAGCAGCAAGAUCAAUACUAUUUCCGGGGGCGCAGUCUGAGGAGCUGAGCCAACUAGUAUCUCUGCAAACGUUCGGUUCUACUGGAGCAAUUGCCUUGUUCCUACAAUUAUUUUCAGAGCUAGAUUACAAUCCUACAGUAUAUCUAAGUGAUCCUACGUGGUGUAAUUACUAUGGUAUGUUAGAGAAUGUUGGACUUAAAUAUACCCACCACCCGUACAUUAUAAAGGGGGAGAAUAGAUUGGAUAUUGAUUCGAUGAUUAGUUGUUUGUCAAAGGCGAAUCUAUUUGACAUAUUGAUCCUCCAAGUUUGUUCACACAAUCCAUCGGGUUUGGAUUUAUCUGAAGAGGACUGGGCCAAGGUACUUGAAGUAGUGCAACAACGUAAGCUGAUUGUACUAUUGGACAUCCCUUAUCAAGGCCUAUCAAAGGACUUUAUCACAGAUGUCUACCCUUGUAUGUUAUUUUUGAAGGCUCGGCCGGCAGUUGAGUUAUUCGUGGCACAAUCUUUUUCCAAGAUAAUGGGCCUAUGUUCCGGGCGUAUAGGUUGUCUCCAUUUCAGGACUCUGAGCAAUUCUAAUCAUCUAAAAAUUGCACUGACUAGGAUAAUAAGGGCAACUUAUAGCACCCCUCCCAGGCACUAUGCUUCAUUAGUCAAAAGAGUUCUAACCACUCCGGAUUUGAAAAAAGAGUGGCUGGAGGAGCUCACAAUGCUAGCCAAUGGCUUAAAGAAGGCAAGGGCAGAACUAUGUAAUAAAAUGGUUAAUGAAUUUGGAGACAGAUGGAGUUUUGUAGCGAAGCAAUCUGGGAUGUACGCUUAUCUAAACAUUGAGGAUGAACUGGUUAAGAAGAUGAGGGACAUGCACAUAUACACCUCAUUUAGGGGCAGGAUUGUUUUGUCUAGGAUAAAUGAGAGAAACAUUGAUCGUUUAAUAUACAGUUUAAAAUCAUGUUUGGGAAUUGAAAUGAUAUAG